AUGACACCGACCGGAGAUCGUACAGCUUCUUUACAGUAUCCAACUUUAGCGGAAUUUCUCCGGCAACUAAAUCUCACACAGUACCACAGCAGUUUCGUAGAAGCAGGCGUUUGUGAAAAUGACGUUAGUCAGUUGGUUGAAUUAGAUGAACAAGAUUUGAAGGAGAUUAUGACUGAGCUUGAGAUGAAGUUGAUGCAUUUUUUGGCUUUUAAGAAAGGCCUGAGAGUGUUGCGAGAGGGUAGGAGCGGAGAAAGUGGAGAAAGAAUAAUGAGUACGAACGUGAGAGACUUGCACAUGGUGUCGCCAACUCCAUUGACCUCACAACAGAAGUCACCUUUAAUAGCUCCGUCAACACCAAAUCCGGCUGCUAGCUCAUCGUUAACGAAAGCAGUGGUGACACCGUCACUUGAACAAUUAUCUCCAGGCGCAACUAACACAUCAACAUCCACAUCUGUACUAACCCAAGUCUCAUCGCCGUCCUCUCAAACUUCAGCUUCACCGUCACUGUCUAGUACCACUUCAGCAGAGUCGUCCAUCCAUCCAUCCCUUGCGGCAGCAACACUCUACAACUCUUCUACGACUCGUGACAUUAUCAUUCAACAUGCCACAAUCUAUGGGAAACGCAGCAAUCGUCAACUUACACAAUAUGAGUUGGCAAUCAACAAAGCAGCAAUAGAACUGGCCCUAUCAGAUCCAGCAUUAGUUGCAAAUAAAGGCGAUUUAUUCGAAAAGGCGAAAGCUAAACUUCUGCUCGAAGGCUACACUUAUAAACGAGGACAAUCACGAUCGAAACUAAACCCAAACGCACCCAAACCGGGUCGGAAGAUUUCUCGUGAAACAUUACGAGCGAAGCGUAAUGCAUAUGCGACGCAAACGAGCGAGGCUCGAAAUGCGAGGAUUGCAGAAUUAGAGAGAAAAUUGAAUGCAAAAGAUGCGCAGAGAGAGGCAACCCAAGAGUUCAAAAAGACAAAAGAAAAUCAAGGAGAUGCAGCCGGAUUGGAAAAGGCUACUUUAGCAUUACAAGAGUUGGAUAGAGAACGAGAAGAGAUAGUAAAGGAACUGACCUUGCUCAAAGGAAAAGAGCGCAAACAUCAAUGGUAUGAGAAGAGAAAGCGGGUAAGGAUGGAUUCAGGUUUUGACGAAUCUGUUACGUUGAUGUUAGGUGAAUAA